AUGACUGAACGCAUAAGUGCAAAACUAGCCAAGGAGCUUGAAACUGCAUUUAAUCUGUUCGAUAAAGACCGAAUGGGUUAUCUUCCAAUAAGGGAAUUGCCAUUCAUUAUACGUGCAUUGUGCCAUUACCCUACCCCAGCGGAAAUGCAAAAAAUGAUCCACGAUUGUGAUCCGGAGGGUUAUGGAAUUCUUCACUAUCCCUUGUUCCUAUUGAUGAUGGCACGAAAAGUGAAGGUUAUCACUCCCGAACAAGAAAUCCGUGACGCCUUUCGUGUAUUUGAUACGGUUGGAAAGGGCUAUAUAUCAGCUGACGUACUUAAACAUGCUAUGUGUAAUUUGGGUGAUAAGAUAACCGAAGACCAGGCCGACGAUAUGAUAGCAGAAGCCACUGUAGAUGAUAACGGACAAAUAAUGUAUGAAGAAUACGUUGAAAUGAUUAAGCCUAAGCCUAAAGUACCUAAAGUAGAACCAGAACAACAACAAUAA